ACAGCCUAAAUCUAAAACCCGGUUUGCUGUAAACCUGUUUGAAAAGUGUGCCAAAAGUACUGCGUUUGUCAUUGGCUCCCUGUGCACAUCCGGGUACUGCAGCACAGCCAACCUAUGAGGCCAAAGACACCAAUAUGGCGGAGGCUUCCUUUGGGAGUUCAAGCCCUGUUGGCUCAUUGUCCUCAGAGGAUCACGACUUUGACCCAACAGCUGAGAUGUUAAUUCAUGAGUAUGACGAUGAGAGAACUUUGGAGGAGGAAGAGCUUUUGGAGGGAGAGAAGAAUUUCUCUGCAGAAUUGUCAGACCUGGAGAGGGAGGGGAACAUGCCGAUCGAGGAGUUGUUGGCUAUGUAUCGUUAUGAGGCAUCAGUCAGUACGGGGGCGGGAUCUAGCAUGGACAGUUCAUCUGUUGAACUAGCUGAUGAUCUGCCUGACAUGACCCUGGAUAAGGAGGAGAUAGCGAAAGAUCUCUUGUCAGGAGAUUAUGAGGAGGAGACCCAGUCCUCUGCUGAUGACCUGACCCCUUCUGUUACCUCCCACGAGGCCACCGACUUCUUCCCUAGAACACUCAGAUCCAAUGCAACAUAUGAUGGUGAUAAAGAAUCUGAGGGGGAGGAGGACUGUGUAAGCAGUGAAGAUUCUAGAAAGGAAAUAAUGGUUGGAUCUCAGUAUCAAGCAGAAGUUCCAGUGGGGCUUAGCCAAUAUAAUGAUGAUGAAAAAGUGUACGAGGAGGAGGAUCAGCUGCUGUGGUGUCCUGACGCACUGUCAGAGUGUAAAGUGAAAGACUACCUCAGAGAAGUGCUGUCACAGUCUACAGACGACAGUACAGAAAAUUCCACAUCUGAAAACAUACGAGAUAACGAACAGGCCUUGUUUGAGCUUUUGAAAUGUAAUUAUGACACCCGUGAGGCGCUGACACGAUACCGCAGUAAUGUGAAGACUUUGAAAGAAGAAUCCCCACCGUGGUCAGAGGAUGAAUGUAGAAACUUUGAACAUGCGCUGCAGAUUUACGAGAAAAACUUCCAUCUUAUUCAGAAACACAAGGUUCAGACCCGGACUGUAGCAGAAUGUGUGGCUUUUUAUUAUAUGUGGAAAAAGUCUGAACGUUUUGAUUACUUUGCUCAACAAAACCGAUUUGGCAAAAAGAAGUACAGUUGUUACCCGGGUGUGACAGACCUGAUGGACAGGCUGGUGGACGAGGCGGAGGGUCUGGCGGUGGACAGCUCGUCAUCGGUGUGUUCGGCAGGACCUGGGGGACGGAUGGAGGCAUCGGCAGAGCAACAGCUCGGACUGCUCAACUCCAUCACUGCCAGUGACCUCACAGCCAUUAGUAACAGCGUAGCAACUGUGUGCAAUGGUCCAGGAGACAUAAGCUGUUUAGACUCCCCGUACUUCCCCCCUCUGGAGAGUUUACACCGAGGAGCCCUGAACCAUGAUGAUCAGCUUAGCUAUACUACAAACGGAGACAGCGGCUGCCUCAACAUGCUGGAUUCUGGCUUCUACCGCUCGGACCUGGGCCAGAUCAGCAUGUGCAGCACCAAAGACUGCGAACGGCCCUCCAAGAGGCUCAAGAUGGGCCUUUCGGAGUCCUUCAUCAACGACGUGUCUGUUACUAACCUGGACUUCGAGGGCAGACGCGCACAUCGCAUUACAGGCGCCACAAUGGCAGUGUCGGUCACAGACUUCAGCAGCAUAGGGAGCAGCGAAACUAACAGGUUUCUCGGCUCUCAUUCACGACACCACCAACACACUGCACUUCAGUCCGACUGACUCUCUUCUGUCAUCCAGACACACAUUCAUCCGCUCAC